AGGCUGAGUUAAGGUCAGAAGGGAACCAGGAGCUCAGAAGCAUGUCGGGGAAGCCCAGGCUUACCUACUGUAAUGGAAGGGGGCGAAUGGAGCCCGUACGAUGGCUGUUGGCAGCAGCCGGUGUGGAGUUUGAAGAAGUUUUUUUGGAAACAAGAGAGCAGUAUGAGAAGUUAAUCAAAGAUGGAGUCCUGAUGUUCCAGCAAGUGCCUCUGGUUGAGAUCGAUGGGAUGAAGAUGGUGCAGACCAGAGCCAUCCUCAGCUACAUAGCAGGGAAAUACAAUCUCUAUGGGAAAGACUUGAAGGAGAGAGCCCUGAUUGACAUGUAUGUGGAAGGCAUAACAGAUCUGAUGCAAAUGAUUUUGGUGUUUCCUUUCUCUCCACCUGAGGCAAAGGAGAAAAAUCUUGACUCAAUUAAGGACAGGGCAAUUAACAGGUACUUCCCAGCCUUUGAAAAGGUUUUGAAACACGGCCAAGACUUUCUCGUGGGCAACAAAUUCAGCUGGGCAGAUGUGCAGCUAAUUGAAGCCAUUUUAGCAGUGGAGGAGAAAAUACCUGCUGUGCUGUCGGGGUUUCCUCAGUUGCAGGCUUUUAAAGUAAGAAUGAGCAAUAUGCCUACAAUUAAGAAGUUCCUGCAGCCUGGCAGCCCAAGGAAACCCCCACCUGAUGAAUGUUAUAUAGAAACUGUGUUGAAGAUUUUUAAGAAAUGA